CUGUGAGUUCAAAGUUUAACUUGUUAUGUAGCCGUGUAGCCGCGGAGGGGUGUGUAUUAUGCUGAUUUUUUGUAACAGUGGUUCUUAUUUCAGCCUAAUGUGACACUCGAUAACACACAUAACGUGCUCAAAGGCGUUGUCGCUUAUUUAUUUGCUCUAUUAUGAACAUCUUCGCGAAUGCUUUGAGCGCUGGCGACCUGUUCACACAUGCUAGCUCGGUAGCUACCAGCUAGCUCACUUACUGACAAGUGUUCCUCCAAAUGACACGUUUUUAUUAAAAGCUGACCUUGUAGGUAAACCAGCUUAGAGGGCGAUUGAAUUAGGCUCUGUCCGAGCUAUGGCGGCAACCAGGCUCCUGUGUAUGUUCAACGCGAAAGCAGCAGGCUCGACCAAAACAUUAGCCAGGGCAGGCUGGAGUGUGUGCUUCAGGAGAAAUGUCAGCAGUUCACCUUCAAGACUACAGGGCUGUAUGUCGGCAUGGGUCAUUGACCAGUAUGGCACUAAUGGGAGUUUGAGGUACACAGAAGAAAUCACCGUCCGCACUGUCAGUUCUCCCAGUGAGGUGAUGAUUCAAGUCCAUGCGGCCAGUCUGAACCCUCUUGAUAUAUCUAUGAGGGGUGGUUAUGGAGCUAAAUUGCUUAAAUUAAGAAGGGAUCCAAUGUCUGUGAUGGACAGUGAUAGUGAGUUUCCUCUGAUUCUGGGUCGUGAUGUGUCUGGUGUAGUGGUGGACUGUGGCUCUGAGGUGACCCAUUUUUUCCCAGGAGAUGAGGUGUGGGCUGCUGUUCCCCCAUGGAAGCAAGGCAGUCUGGCAGAAUUUGUGACUUUAACAGAGUAUGAGGUUUCCCACAAACCAAAAUCAUUGAGUCACACAGAGGCAGCGUCCAUCCCCUACGUAGCCAACACUGCUCUGUCUGCGCUGGUCAAUGCAGGGGGUCUUUGCAGAGACAGCUCUUCAAAUAAAAGAGUUUUAAUCACUGGAGGAUCUGGAGGUGUUGGAACAUUCUCUAUUCAGUUAUUGAAGGCCUGGGGUGCCCACGUAACUGUUACCUGCUCUCAGAACGCCGAAGGCCUCGUUAGAGGGCUUGGGGCCGACGAGGUGGUGGACUACACAGCAGGAGAUGUGGCUGAGCAACUACAAAUGAUGGACAAAUUUGAUGUGAUCUUGGACAGCGUGGGUGGAGAGACAGAGCAGUGGGCGAUGACCAUGCUGAAGCCCUGGUCGGGGGCAAAGUACGUUACAUUGGUUACGCCGUUACUCCUCAACACUGAUUCCAUGGGCCUGCUGGACGGGGCAUUUCAUGCUGGAUUCACUCUGCAAAGCAAGGCCAUACAGAACAUGAUAUCAAGUGGAGUCUUCUACCGGUGGGGAUUUUAUGCUCCAGAUGGGCCCGCCCUGGACGAGGUCAGCAAGCUGGUGGAUGCGGGGAAGAUCCUGCCAGUUGUGGAGGCCCAGUUUCCAUUUACCCAGGUGCCGCAGGCUUUUCAAAAGUUGGAGGAGGGCCACGCCAGAGGGAAAACAGUAGUCAGGGUGGCUGAAGAGGACGACAGACUGGCCGAAGAGUUGGUGCAGAAGAGUCACACAGAGACUGCAGAUUCGGAGCAAGCAGAGCAAGAAACAGCCAAGCGAAACUAGAGUCAGAAAGUGGCGUGCUCUGAUUCUUCUCACCUUUUCAAGGUUACUCUUGACAGCUGCAGACUAUAUUAUUCAAAGAGAUCAGUGGUGCUGCUGUCGUGCAGUAGACUACAAAGCGUGAUCCGAGCUUGUAACGGGAGUGUGCCAAAGGCUGUUGUUUAUUAAAGCUUACACCCUCGUGUACAGUCUUAAAGUUUUCACAAGGUGCUUGAGUUAUUCUGCAUUCAUGUCACGGUGAAGUUACUAUAAUUAUUAACUGCAGACCAAUAAAUACCAUUCAGGUCAGCGUCCAGCUGCUAAUUACAACCAGGCAGCUUUCUGGUAGCUUAUAUAAUAAAAAGUUAUAUAAAAAUAUAUAUAUAAAUAAAAUGUUAAGAACAUUGUCAGCUGGAAAUGUUUAUUAAUAGAUGUGUUUAGCCUCCAGUACCACGUGAAGCAGAAGCAGCACGAUAAAACAGGCAACUAUCUGCUUUUUCUUUGCAUCUCUUUGCACUCUCUACAUGUUGAGUUGUUUGACAACAGCCAUGAGCACGUUGUAAUCAUGGGAAUCUUUCCCACUGCCACAUUGCAUUAACCAUUAAACAUUUGGGCAAAAUAAAUAAUUACUUUACAUCUGGAACAUUUUGCAGUUUAAUGAACAUUGUUGUAAACCAAGUGUAACUUAAGAUACUGUACAAUGUAUUUAAGAAAUUUAUUGACAAAAAUACUUUUAUUUUGAAAAGACAAGAGUUGUGUGCUGUCUAGUUUUAAUUAAACAAAGAAAAAAAAAACA